AUGCCCCAACUCGCCUCUACCUACCGUGCUGUCCCCGAAGACGUCCCCACCCCCCAGUGGUUCCUCGACCACGACUUCCACCUCUCCUUCCUCCACCUACCCGGCAAUGAAAUUGCCGGAUACGGCCAGACCUCCCAACGUCAAUACAUUGGGUGGCUCCUCCUCCAACCCAGCCCAGAAUUGCGCAACGUCCUGGAAUGGCGAUUUCGGGACGCCCCGCCCGCCAGUCACGCCUGGGCCAUCUACGGCGAGUCGGUCGUCACCCUCACCCACCUCCGGACCCUCGACUGGGACGUCGGCGAGAUCACCGACCCAUCUGGCCAACGACGGGCCUACGACACUGUCUCCCAGCUGCGGGCCACGACGAUCGCCAUGUCCGACCACGCUUUAGAUAUCGUUUGCGCCCCUCAUCAUCUUUUCCUCAUCGCUGACCUCGUCAACCACAUAGAGCAG